CAGCCCCCGCGGCGGUGGUGGAGGCAGCGGCAGCGGCAGCGCCAAGAUGGCGGCGGGGAGCGGCGGUCCGGUAGCGAGGGAGCUGUUUGCGGAGGGGCUGCUGCAGUUCCUGCGGCCCGCCGUGAGGCAGCUCGAUGGCCACGUCCACGCCGUGAGGGAGAGCCAGGUGGAGCUGCGGGAACACAUCGACAGCCUGGCCAGGGAGCUCUGCCGCAUCAAUGAGGAUCAGAAAGUGGCCCUGGACCUGGAUCCCUACGUGAAGAAGCUGCUGAACGCCCGGCGCAGGGUGGUGUUGGUCAACAACAUCCUGCAGAACGCCCAGGAACGGCUGCGGAGGCUGAACCACAGCGUGGCCAAGGAGACAGUGAGGAGGAAAGCCAUGCUGGAGGCAGCUGGUGGCUACCCACAGGGCCUGCCGGGCAAGUGAGGGGCAGGCUGAGAUCCACCUGGCACCACCCACAGCCCUGAGCAGUCGGGGAGCAGGGGUGUCACCCCCUAAGGAUGUGAAGAGAAGGGGGAACCCCGGUUUGGAGCAGUGCUCCCCACAGCAGGAGUCCCACGUGGUGUGGCCGUGGCUGAAGAGACUGCAGGGGGAGGGGUCCCUAAAUUGUGUUUCCACGUUUUUGUAGGCACCAAAAUAAAAGUGACCCCGGGGGCUCCCGUGGGUCUGUGACAUCCCA